AAUGGAACCGUUUGCAAUUUUAACAAAUAUCAUUAAACCUGAAUACUUGAACUAUUAUAGAGAUUGGAUUUACAUAGCAAGUGAAAAAGAAGCCAGAGGACUUUAAUUAAUUGGUGCAAUUUAUAAACAUAAGGGAAGAAAACUAUUUAGGUUUCAUAUUCUUAUUUAUAUAAUAGAGCUAAACCACCCACAGUUCAAUUACAAGAACUAACCGAUUAAUAGGAGUUAGAGUAAUAUUAUUUUAUGAUUAUAUAAAAGUUUUAAGAAAGCUGAAGAAAUGCAUAGAAAAAAUUAAACUUCUACAACUUAUGGCACAGAAUUUGGAUAUUUACAAAAAUUAUUAAAGCCAUAAAAUAAUGUUUUCAAAUUCAAGAAAUGCUCUGAACUAGAAUUUGCUUAACCUCUUAAUGAUUUAGCUAAAUUAUUUUUAGAUAAUUGGAUAGAAAUGAAUGAUGAAUUAGAAUUUUAAGAAUUAGUUUUAAAUUGUUUAAGAGCUCUCUUUAGUAGAUUUAAAGCAUAAUUAGUCCCAAAAACAGAAAUGAAGUUAGUAUAUCAUCAUAAUUUAGAGUAAAAUAUGAAUAUAAGCCAGACUGGAAACUUUCAAAUCCUAUUAGAGUAGAUAAGGCAGGAACAGACAUUAAGUAAUUAAUUUAAUAUUAAAUAAAUAGUGCAUACAAAACUAAUUAUAAUGCAAUUUUUAAAUAGAGACUUAAGUAAGAAUAGAUCAAAUAAAAAAUUGCAGAACUGGAUGGAACCGAUUUUGCUAAAGCUUUAACAAUACACAAAUCAUUCAAAAUCAAUUGA